AUGCUAUCACCUACGCCGGUAUCGCUCCUUUGUGCUCUUCUUCUUUGUUUACCUCUCGCCAUAGUCUUCACUUUGACCACUCCUACCAACCCAUCCUCCUCCACCACCACCACUGUCCCAAUUAGCACCACUUCUCCCUUCCUCACUACCACUAAUGUCACUUUCACUAAGAACUUAACUACAAGAAAUCCAUUACCAAGGUUCCCAAGAAAAACUAAAACCCCACAAAAACCCCAAAUCAAUAACACCACCACCAAAGCGACCACCAUUUCACCACCACCAGGACCACCAUCUGGGCAACCACCCUUGCAUGUAAAUAAUAAUGAAAGCCAUGAAGAUGAUGAUUAUUCACGAUUCCAACUGGCUUCCCGGGUCAACCCGAACCCGAAGAAGCCAAUCAAGAAAAUAGCAUUUAUGUUCUUGACUAACACUCCUCUUCCCUUUGCACCCCUCUGGGAACUCUUCUUCAACAACACCCCUAAGAAUCUGUACAACAUUUACGUGCACGCAGACCCAAGUUUCAACUACACGCCAUCGUUCAGCGGCGUUUUCCGCCACCGAGUUAUUCAAUCUAUGCCCACGCGCCGCCACUCCCCGACACUCAUCUCAGCUACCCGUCGGCUCCUCGCCCACGCUCUUCUCCAUGACAAGUCAAAUUACAUGUUUGCCCUGCUUUCUCCAGCUUGCAUUCCCUUGCAUUCCUUCAAUUUCACGUAUAGAACUUUAAUUAAGUCAAGGAAGAGCUUUAUCGAAAUUCUCAAAAACGAGCCCGGCGCAUACGAUAGAUGGGCCGCGCGUGGGGAAAGUGUUAUGAUUCCUGAAUUGAGGUUUGAGGAUUUCCGAAUUGGGUCCCAAUUUUGGGUAAUAAAGCGUAAGCACGCCAGGAUAUCUGUGCGUGACCGAAGGUUGUGGUCGAAGUUCAAGCUACCUUGCCUACAGGCCGCCACGUGUUACCCUGAAGAGCAUUACUUCCCUACGCUGCUUAACAUGGUGGACUCGCGGGGUAUUAUUCCCUGCACCCUCACGCACGUUGACUGGAGAGGCAGCCAUGGGGGCCACCCUCGGAUGUACAAGCCUAACGAAGUGGGCCCAGAGUUGAUUAUGACACUCCGCAAGCACACGCCUAGAUACGGUGAUGAUAAAUCCAACGGCUCAAAUUCGUCGCCGACAAAAAGACAUGAUCCAUUCUUGUUUGCUCGGAAAUUCGCUCCCGGUUCAGCUCAGCCGUUGAUGAGAAUAGCGACAGACGUCAUCUUCGAAGAUUGA